CAGCGACAGGGGAUUGGAGAGCCCAGCGUGUACCACGCUGUGGUGGUGAUUUUCCUGGAGUUCUUUGCCUGGGGGCUGCUAACCACGCCGAUGCUCACGGUGUUACACCAGACUUUUCCUCAGCAUACAUUCUUGAUGAAUGGCCUGAUUCAUGGAGUCAAGGGUCUGCUUUCUUUUCUAAGUGCCCCACUGAUUGGUGCUCUCUCUGAUGUCUGGGGCAGGAAAUCCUUCCUCCUCCUCACUGUCUUCUUCACAUGUGCGCCAAUUCCCCUUAUGAAGAUAAGUCCAUGGUGGUACUUCGCUGUCAUUUCCAUGUCUGGAGUCUUUGCUGUCACCUUUUCUGUGAUUUUUGCCUACGUUGCUGAUAUCACGCAGGAGCACGAGCGCAGCACGGCGUAUGGAUUGGUGUCGGCCACGUUCGCUGCCAGUCUGGUCACGAGCCCCGCCAUCGGCGCGUACCUCUCCCAGGCCUACGGCGACACGCUGGUGGUUGUGCUGGCCUCGGGGGUGGCUCUGCUGGAUAUCGGCUUCAUCCUGCUGGCUGUGCCCGAGUCUCUGCCGGAGGAGAUGCGCCCGGUCUCCUGGGGAGCUCCCAUCUCCUGGGAACAAGCAGACCCGUUUGCGUCCUUGCGGAAAGUGGGUCAGGAUUCCACAGUGCUGCUCAUCUGUAUCACCGUCUUUCUCUCCUACCUUCCUGAAGCUGGCCAGUACUCCAGCUUUUUCCUGUACCUGCGACAGGUCAUUGGUUUUUCCUCCGAGACUGUGGCAGCCUUUAUUGGUGUAGUUGGGAUUCUCUCUAUACUGGCUCAGACGGUUGUGUUGGGAAUUCUCAUGCGUUCGAUAGGAAAUAAAAACACCAUCCUCUUGGGACUGGGCUUCCAGAUCCUGCAGCUUGCCUGGUACGGCUUCGGCUCGCAGCCUUGGAUGAUGUGGGCGGCGGGAGCCGUGGCUGCCAUGUCCAGCAUCACCUUCCCGGCCAUCAGUGCCAUGGUGUCCAGGAACGCAGACCCCGACCAGCAGGGUGUGGUGCAGGGGAUGAUCACUGGAAUUCGGGGUCUGUGCAAUGGCCUGGGGCCGGCGCUCUAUGGCUUUGUCUUCUAUCUCUUCCACGUGGAGCUGAAUGAGAUGGCUGAGGUGGAAACUUUGGGUAAGGCCUCCCGACCAAACAUGGCCAACCCUACAGAUGAGAGCAGCAUUAUCCCAGGGCCUCCAUUCCUGUUUGGGGCCUGUUCUGUCCUGCUGUCGCUCCUGGUGGCCUUGUUCAUUCCUGAGCACAACCUCGUGCUGAGGUCAGGCAGCCACAAGAAGCACAGUAACGGAGCCCAGCCCCACACCCACAGCCCACAGGCCGGAGGGUUGGAUGGCAAGGAGCCCCUGCUCGAGGACAGCAGCGUGUGAGGUUGGGAGAGCAGGACCUGGCUUGUGUCUCAGCUCCAGAUGGAGGAUGGACUUGGGGAGAGAGGGUGUGGGGAGAGAAGAAUGAGGUGACACUGUACCACUGACAGCCAGUGAGAAGGGACAAAUGUUCUCUUCAAGCCAAGUACACCCAGCUGGUGCAGAUGGUGCUGGUGGAGAGGGGAGAUACUGAACUGCUCUGUGGGAAGGGAUCUUUUGUUAGAGCAAACCUGCCCUGCCUGGUCUGUGAUGCUGAACUUCCUGGUGUCACCUGCCAAAUGCUCAACUCGCCAUUGAGAAGUUAGGGAGCUGGCACUGUCUGUGUUCUGCUGUGACCUAACCGAGCUGCCAGCCAGGAUGAAGCCAGGCACCCGUGCCCUGUCCCCCGGUGUCACUGGUCCUGGCUGCUGGCCCGUCGCGGC